ACUGUAUUCUACUGUGAAGCCUCUGUUCUGCUGCCCAAAGUGAGAAUUCCGGCCACCGGAGACGCCAUAGACGCCAUACAAUUUGUGUGUGGUCCCUGUAUUCCGGUAUCCUCUGCAACACUCACUAAACACACGCAUCGCAACAAUGGCAUUCGCGCACAUCAGCCUACCCGUGGGCAGCCACUACAUCGCCAUGAGAAACUUCUACACCGCCAUCCUCAAGCCUCUCGGCUACGAGAUCAAGCUAGGCAACGGCGAGGGUCAAGAAUUCUGCGGCCUAGGCACCAAUGCCUCCGGCCCUAUCUUCUGGCUUGGCCUCGGCCCAAGUAACAGGACACUGCCCAAGUAUGAUGGCAAUCUGGAGAACCGCAUCGCUCCAAUUCAUCUGGCAUUUGAGGCAGCGAGCCCCAAAGAAGUCGAUGAGUGGUAUGAGACCGCUAUCAAAUCUGGGGGUGUUGAUAAUGGCAAGCCUGGAAAGCGCCAGUACUCAAGGGCUUUCUAUGCAGCUUUUGUUCUAGAUCCGCUAGGGAAUAAUAUUGAGGUGGUGUACAAUUUAGAAUAGCAGUAGCUAGACUUUGUUGAAUAAUCGACUACGAGAAG